UAGUCUGUCGCACACACACAGCCUCUUUCCUCAGCUUGCUCUUCUCUGUCUCUCACCCACUGUCUCGCUUCCUACCACUAGACACUAGAUUGCUCAGUGGUGAACUCUUUUUUGCUCCUGGGCAGCUUCAAUGGACAGCCAUGUGAUUUAGAAACUCCAGUUACCACAGGAGCCUGCAGUACGGGCGGGGGGUGGGGGGGUAAAAGGAGGAGGAGUGGAAAAAAAAGAGCUUUCCUUCUGUUUGGGCUCAGUCUGUGGAACUAUAGCUUGCUAAGCAGAGGUUUCCAAUCUCAUCUGAGAUUGAUCUGGAGGUCACUGGGGGAGUGGAAACCUGGGACCUAAAAGUACCUUUCCUUUCGUCCCCAACACAGUGGUAGCUUCCAUUCAGAAGUCUCUCCGAUUCACACACUGGGUGGCUGCUGAGCCCCGCAGAUAACGGUGAAGGGAAUACUUAGGUGCCAGUUGAUUCGUACCGGGAGGACUCUUUAUUUUUCUUUGUGGUUCCAGUUUUUUCUCCCCCGUCUGUCUUUCUUUUCUGCAUGGAAAGACAAGGACGAUGGAUGGAUUCUUAGUAGGAUGGAUCGUUCUGCUGUGGGUAACAGCACUGGCUGAGGGACUGCAGGUCACGGUGCCUGAAAAUAAGAAGGUUGCUAUGCUGUUUCAGCCUGCCCUGCUUCGCUGCCACUUUUCUACUUCCUCCACCCAGCCAGCUGUGGUGCAAUGGAGGUUUAAAUCCUACUGCCAGGACCGCACAGGAGAAGCUUUGGGUCUGGCCACCUCGGGGUUACAAGCAGUGAGCAAAAGGAACCUGGAGUGGGAUCCCUACCUGGAUUGCGUGGACAGCAGAAGGACGGUCCGUGUCGUAGCCUCCAAGCAGGGAUCCGCGGUCACAAUAGGGGACUUCUAUAAGGAAAGAGAUGUCACCAUUGUCCAUGAUGCAGACCUCCGUAUUGGGAAGCUGAUGUGGGGAGACAGUGGGCUCUAUUACUGUCUCAUCAUCACCCCUGACGAUUUGGAGGGCAAGAAUGAGGAGUCAGUGGAGCUGCUGGUUCUGGGCAGGACAGGGCUGCUUGCUGAUCUCUUGCCAAGUUUUGCUGUGGAGAUUAUGCCAGAGUGGGUGUUUGUGGGCCUGGUGAUCCUGGGGGCUUUCCUGUUUUUCCUCCUGGUUGGGAUCUGCUGGUGCCAAUGCUGCCCACAUAGCUGCUGCUGCUACGUCCGCUGCCCCUGCUGUCCAGAUUCCUGCUGCUGUCCACGGGCAUUGUAUGAAGCGGGCAAGGCGGCAAAAGCUGGAUACCCAUCUGCUGUCACCUCCAUCCCAGGUCCUUAUUACAUCCCCACUGUUCCGGGAGCUGGCGUGCCAUCUCCUGCUGUACUGAUGGAGAAGUCGCAUCCCCCGCCCCUAGCGCCAAGUGACUCCAGUGGAGGAAGCCAAAAUGCAGUGCGCAAGGGGUACAGGAUCCAGGCUGACAAGGAGAGGGACUCCAUGAAGGUGUUGUACUACGUCGAGAAAGAACUGGCACAAUUUGACCCAGCCAGGAGGAUGCGAGAGCGAUAUAACAACACCAUCUCUGAACUCAGCUCCCUGCACGAGGACUCGAACUUCCGUCAGCCUUACCGGCAGGUGCGAAGGAAACCCCUACCUCCUGCGGGGGACCUGGAUGGCGAUGCGGAGUACUGGGCAGGGGUGAUUAGCGGAGGUGGUGCAUCAAGGACACAGGCGAUUUCUGAUUACAGGGAGGAGAGGGACAGCUUUAGGCAUAGCCAGCAGAGAUCGAAAUCAGAAAUGCUGUCGAGGAAGAACUUCGCUGUGGGCGUGCCGGCCGUCUCCAUGGACGAGCUGGCGGCCUUCGCAGAGUCCUACAGCCAGCGCACCCGCCGGACAGAUGGCAGCCAGGAGCCCCGGCGUUUCGAGAGGUCGGAGUCGCGAGGGGGACGUGGCGGGGUGGUGCAGCACCAGGACAGCUCCUCGGAGGAGUACUAUGGCAAGCGCAGGGGGAACCGCGAGCCGCUGACAGACUCGGAUAGGGGCUGGUCAUACAGCCCGCCCAGGAGACGGGCCCACGAUGAGAAGCACCUGCCCAGGCUGGUGAGCCGGACGCCUGGAGGGAGUCAGAAGUAUGACCACUCCUACCUCAGCAGCGUCCUAGAGAGGAAAUCCCGGAGCUAUGAGGAGAGUGGCGAACGCAGUGAGACGCCCUCGAAGCUGAGCUCGCAGCCCAGCCAGCGAGGGGGAACGUAUUAUGCCUGGUCACCGCCGUCCACCUACAAAGCAGGGCAGCAGCAGCAGCAGCCGCCAAAGCCAGAGGAAGGAGAAGACACCCUGCCUCCAUACAGCGAGAGGGAGCUGAGCCGCGGCCCUUCGUACAGGACCAGGGAGCAGGCUUACCUCAAUGCCUCGGAGAAGAAAAGGAAAAAGGAGCCCAAGAAAACAAAUGAUUUCCCAACCAGGAUGUCCCUUGUGGUUUGAUGUUGUCACAGAAGAGUCGUGUUGAUGGGCUGAGGUGGCCGUGAGGCUGAGAUACAGAGCCCUAAGCAAACAGGUCCCAGUGAACCUUUGCAGCCACCAGCUAUGGAUAUUCUCUUUCAACUGUCUGUUUCACCACGGGAGUGGAGGCCAUCUGUAGAGGCAGACUCCAACCAAUAGCUCUCAUCCCACUUGCUGUGGGAGAGUCCUCCAGGAAAAUCAGUGAUAGGGCUCUCUUUGGAACUCUGUUCCACAUUCAAGGCAGCUGUCGCCAUAUUCCAUGUCCCAAGGGUCUCAAACUCAAAGAGGGGCUGGCUUCUAGCCUCUCACCCCAGAAUGCCUCAUCCCACAUUAGGAGAGGCCUGUCUCCAUACUGCUUGCUCUCACUGUUUCCCAUGUCCUAGACUUGGAAGGAAGUUGUCUUCAUGCCUCUUGCACUCAGAGCCUUAGGAGGUGGGGACUGCCUCUCACACUCAUCACACCGAGAUGUCUCCAUGUCCCAUCUCUUCCAUGCUGUGAGGAGGCCUCAUUCUAAGAACUGCAAGUUUCCUCAAGAUGGCAAGGUCCCCGUCCCCUGAAAGUUCUGAAAGAAAAUCUCUAACAAAAUACCGCUGAGCGUGGCACUAUGCUAAGGGCUGAGCAGGGAGAGAAACAAGCGUGGGUUGGUUGGUUUGAUAUUUUUAGUCCUGUUCAUUCAGUGAUGGGAACUGCAAGUGCGAUUUUAUGUACUGUUUUAAAAGUGGAUCUAAGUAGAUUUUAUUGUAAUGAGAACAUAACAUGGUUCUUCUCACUGUUGUUUGUCUCGAUAUGUGUGCAUUUCCUUGAGGCUGAGAUAUGACAAUAUAAAGCUUCAGAAGGGUAAUCUGUUCGAUCAUAUGACAAACACAGCUCAACCUUGUCACUGGUCUGCUUGUGGUGUCAUCACACUGCUCUGGACAGUGGGCUUUUUGUUUUAAAGAAACAAGAAGGAGAAAAUCAUGGUAUGAGAGAGAAGCCAUGGCUCUUCCUUCUGCAAGGAUCAGCAUUAUUCCUUUCUGGUUACCAAUCCAGGACAGCCAAAAGAGAAACAACAGAAACGGAAAAAAAUAAUAUCUUGGCCAAAACACACGCUUAAAAAUCACCUCAUUCCAGUUACUUCCAGGUCGCCCACUUCCAUCUUGACAUGAUUUUAGUGGCUGAUGUCUCAGGAACAGCUGAAUUUAGAAAUGCGUGCUUCACACCAUCUGGAAGCAUGACAUUUCUGCUUUCAAAGAGUAUAAUACAGUCAUUUCUCACUCUAAUUUAAUUUCUAGCUGCUAAAAUCAUGUUGGAAUUCAUGUGGAGGGGAAAAAAAGUAAGAUGCUGAUCAGAACAUGGUUUUAACUUCCACCUGCCAGGGCUAGAAAUUAAUGGGAACCUUAUAUCAGUGGGAAGAAGAACAGGAGGACUUGUGGCACCUUAGAGACUAACAAAUUUAUUUGAGCAUAAACUUUCAUGGGCUACAGCUCACUUCAUUGGAUGCAUUCAGUGGAAAAUACAGUGGGGAGAUUUAUAUGCAUAGAGAACAUGAAACAGUGGGUGUUACCAUACACACUGUAACGAGAGUGAUCAGGUAAGGUGAGAUAUUACCAGCAGGAGAGCGGGGGGAGGGGUGGGGCGCGGAACGUUUUGUAGUGAUAAUCAAGGUUGGCCAUUUCCAGCAGUUGACAAGAACGUCUGAGGAACAGUGGAGGGGGGUGGGGGUGGGGACGUGUGGGGGAAUAUCAGUGGGAUGGCCAGCAUUCCCCUGUGACAUACAGCCUUUCUUUCUAUUCCGAAAGUUAGUAAAAUAUCUGGUCUUAAAUCUUUUGCUAAGUGCUCGAGCAAUGCUAUUUUGGGCACUGGUGCAGGAUUGGACCUUGAAGCAGUGUGAUUUCUCUGUCCCUAUUUAUUAACAUAGCUGCAGUGCUCCAUGACUGUUACAAACUUCUCUUUGGAUUUGUAUUGAACUUGGCACUUUCCUUGCCAUAUAAUUACUCAGCAUCCUAUUUUUGCUUCAGAUUUUACCCAGAAUGGUGGGGGAUAAUCCCCAAGGAUCCGAUGUUGUCACUUUGAGUCCCAGUGGGAGAUGGGGAUUAUGGACCAUGUCUUAGAGCAGUGGUUCUCAAGCAGGAGUCCGGGGCCCUCUGGGGGGCUGCGAGCAAGUUUCAGGGGGGCCACCAAAAUAAACCAGAGAGCAGGGCCAGUGUUAGACUACCUGGGGCCCAGGGCUGAAGCCCAAGCUCUACCGCCCUGGGCUGAAGCUGAAGCCUGAACAACUUAGCUUCGCAGGGCCCCCUGUGGCGUGGAGCCCCGGGCAGUUGCCCUGCAUGCUACCCCCUAAUGCUGGCCUGGCUUUUAAUCUACUGGAUAUGCAGAAAAAGUUGUGGCACAGGCAGGCUGUGGAGUCUUUAUGGCAUGUUGGGGAGGCUCAGAAAGAAAAAUGUUGAGAAUCCCUGUGUUAGAGGAAUGAUCCAUUCCCAUUCUCCCUCUCCACUCUAGUGAGUGUAUCUUUGUAAAUCCAAGCGAGAUCACCCUGUGAGCACACACUGUCCUUCUGGCUUUGUUCUGUGUUAUUGUUAGCCAGAGAGAAUACAUUUAAAGUAAUUCAUACUCUGCUUCUCAUUAGUGUGUGAUCCUGGAAAGUCCUAGCACCGGAGCCUCCCCAAGAAGAGCUAAGGAGGUUGAAGGAACUCAUCCCAUUGUGUCCUUUCUACCUGGCAACCAGCAACCCCAGAGACCAUUAUAUUUGGAGAUCUGAAAGAGCUCUGUCAGCCAAUACCAUAGCAUGAGAGAGGAAAGAGAGGCAUUUAAAGUUGUCUUGGAAACCUAUUUCCCAAAGCAUUCUGGAAAUUGUAACAGAGUUGUGCCUUCUCCUUCAAUCAGUCACUGAUUCAUUUGAUCAAACCCUCAGGAAUCUAACCCUAUAUAUUAAAAAUAACACACCUCUCACCAUGUAUUUGAUUCACUGUUACUCAUUCGAGGCUGAUGCUUGAGGACAUUUGAAUAUGGCUGUAUAAGGUUGCCAUUUAGUUAAUGAGGAUGAAGUCAUGGUUGUGAAUGGGAUAAAUGCAGAUUUGUAGACUAUUUCUCUUAGAUUUAGGAUAUCCUGGUAACACACUUAUAUCUUCUCUGUCUGACCCUCCAUAUGUCUUACAUUACACUCAAACUUUAAUGACUGGGAAAGAGUUGCAAGUAAAAAAAAAAAAGUGUUGAUGUUUCUGAUCAGGAUAAUUUUACCUGGAAAUGCACCAGGACUAGAGGCCAAGCACAUUUUCCCCUGGGUGCCACACAUCACUUUCCAGUCUCAGAAAAGGACCACGCUUCCCAAAGCCACAUCAGGACACUGCACAGUCCCUGCUGUUCCACUCUUACUCUAGAAUCUCCCAGUUCCUCAAUAAUUCACUCCUCCUCGCCCCCCUGCCCAGCUGCUUAAUAUUCUCUGUAUGCAAAUGAAGUUCUGUACACCUAGUGACUGGGACAAGCUGUAGACUGGAUUAUUUCUCCAAUAGGGAGGGGGAUCUCUGCACCAGCUCCAAAUGGACCAGUUCAUAAGAUGGGGGGGGUAUAGAACGGGAACUGUGGUUUCUAUAGCUACAAGAAUCCAUUGUCCCAUAAACUUUGAAAAGCAGCACCACCAGUGCUAUUCUAGCCCAUGGUCUGGGAAGAUUCACUUGUCAUUGUUUCAGAUGAGGAAAAAUGACAAGCGUUUAUCCACUUAAUCUGUCAGAACAUCUGUAGAGUGACCAGCACUAUAAAAUAAACCAACCUAAGUAUUCCACUUAAUCUGGGAGUGACAAGGAUCUAAAAUUCUAAAUUCUCUAUUGAUCAGUUUUAUAGCUAGCAUAAAAUUAAGAUCCUUUCCCUUCAGGAUGUCAAUAUCUGAGUCACAUCAAAGACACAUAUUUUAUAAUCACAACAUGAAAUGUAAACCCCCCCCCCCCUUCCUUUCUAGAUUAUUUGGGAGCAGGCAAUGCUCACCUGUGUGCGCAGGUGCCUGAUGAUGUCAAUAGUAAAGGAGAUCCUGAGUAUCGCAGUGGUGAUAUUGGACAGGUGGGAAUCCUCUAUCCACCCCUUUGCUGCAGUAAUUUUACUUGUAAAGGAAAUUAAUCUUGGCAGUGCCUCCACCUGGCUGGGCCCUGUACACACUCAAGGGUAUGCCUUGGGAGCUUCCAGAAGUAACCCUGAGCUAAUCUAUGCAAAGGGUCUAACUCAAAAGUACCAAUUAUAAAUAAUAUACAUCCAAUACGCACUUAGAUUAGAGUUAACAAACCUUUACUCAACAAUUUAGAAACACAUGAUAUAACAGACUGAAAAUGAAAAUGCCACAACCAUUUUAAAUCAGAGGGGGCACUUCAAUAAAUCAGUUAAGUGCAGUUUACUGCAAUAAAUGAAACUUCACCAAUUUAUAUUUACACUGCCACCAUUUCCCCACCCCCUGAGUGUGCACUCCUCUGAAUUUCAGAGUUCUAGACGCUUGUGUGGGCGUACUUGCUGUCGAAGCUGAGGACAGCACUCUGUUCGUCCAGUAAAGCAGUCCAGCCUCGGCAACAUGGGGAGAGCAAUUCUAACUUGGGAUCAUUUCAAGCUGCACGACACCUCUGAAGAUGGGAGUUGUUAUAGCCAGAGGUCAGUAACCCCAGAUCCUGGUUAGACAAUACGAGCACUUCAUAUCUUCUCAGACUCAGGGAAACCCCUUAAAGCCUCUUUGCUAUCCCCCUUCCCCUGCAAGCACUUUCCCAAACAGCAAAGGGUUACUCAUACUGCUUUCACUGAAGGCUAACCUCAGUCAAUUUUGGGCACUGGACUGUUGCUGUGAAGCCCAGCAGCUGCCUCCAUGAGCCUCCCUGCUUGAUCAAAGAGCCAGCAGCUUCUGGUUUUCACAAAGCAGCUCCUGGUUUGGACAGAGCUCCACAAAGCAAUCUCAGCUCCCCUGACCAGUAUCCCAGCUCCUCACCAAGAUACAGCCCAGGGCAUGUUCCCCCUGCAUCCCUUGGAAAUGGCAGUGUCUCUCUCUUCCCUAUGGAAGUGUAGUUUCCAAGGCUGACUUGUAGUCUCCAAGGCUGGCUUGCACUACUCAGGGUCUUCCUGACUGGAACACUCCCAAUUAAGCUGAGAGGCCCCUCUACAGAAGCAUCACUAUGUUGACUAGCUAAGACAAGAGACACAAUAAAAGAAUACUUUUAAACUGUAUCAACUUUUAGAGCAGUGGCUGGAUCAACUGUAGGAGGUCAAUCCACUCAUGCUGACAGAGAUGUGGUCUGGGCUGCUGAGAGAGACUGAUGCAAUGGAAUGAGAAAAUAUACUUUAGCUAGUGAUGAAAAUGACUUCUCAGUGAUCUUCAGCAUUUCUCUGCGAUACACUGUAAGCCUGUCCAGGGAUGAUGUAUGAGUAACCUCCCAGACAACUGAAAUUGAAAAUUAACAGAUCAAGCAUUUGAAUAUCUACAAACUUCGGGAAACAAUUGCAAGUGUCUCCUGAAAGAUGGAGGGGCAGAUUGUGGCAGGCCCUAUGCUAGCACUGUAACUGAGGGAGAGGGAGUGGCAUUUUAAAAUAAACCUCCUGAACCUUGUUAAUCUCUGUGGAGGCCAAUCAUGGCCCUUAGUGCAAGGGCCAGACAAUCCAGUGCCACGGCUCCACUCCCCCUUCUGUACCAGUCAGCGGAACCAUGGUGCGUGCUGCAUCCUUUUAAAAGGUAUCAGAGCUCCCAAUCUGGCCUGUAGCUUCCCCAAUGACCGAAGGAGUUCUGGCUGUGAAUCAGCCAAAUGCCUCUGGGGACACCUGCUGGCAUGGGAUACGUCCACAGCCCCAGCUUAAUGUUCACACAUAGCCCUGAGGUGGUGCUUUGUAGAGGCCUAUUUUGCUUACAUUUUACUUUCCUUUUCCAACCAAUAUAUUAUAGAUUUGAGAAAACCUUGAUCCCCACCCCUAAAGCAACUGAAGAAAUACAGCUUCUGCCCCACGCUGGACAAGGGCACAAUCACAAGACUGACAGUCAGUUACGCUUAAACUAGUGGAAUUUCCCGUUGCUUGAACUUGUAGGACAGAUAAUAGCAAGGUUGAGCUGAGUUGUUCCAUUUUCAAAAGCUGCAUCAGCUUUAUGAGUUUCCCAGGCAUCACAAUGGGCUGGGGUUCUUUCCUUAAUGGAGGUGUAUUAGAACUUAAGAACUAGGCCACUGGUGCUUGUCCUGGACUACUUGAGUCAAUGGAGAGGGUAGCAUGACCCUUCCUUUUAUUAUUUUCUACUCCUCUUCAAAUAUCUUCCCUAAUAAGGGCCCAAUCAUGCUAGAGCUGAGCACCCUCAAUUCCCACUGAUUUCAAUUGGUGCCGAUGUCACUCAGUAUUAGGCUGAAAGUGUUUGGCACUUUGUCCCAUCUAUUUGGCCUUCCAGGCUCAAAAUUUUACUUUUGUCAGUGGGAGUCUGGGGUACUCUCAGUAGCUCACAGGAUCAAGCCCUUGAUCAGUAGUAAGUCAAACCCAGCACCACAACAAAAUUUAACCCAGCCUGUUACUAAAAGAAAUAGUAAAAUGGGUUUCAAGAUCUUUCUGGGGGAAGCUGGUGAUAUCAGCAGGUUGCUAAGUCACAGACAGAAUGAUAGAGGGAUGGCAGGAGCACAAAAAGUUUACAGUCACUGCAAUGGGGAUCUGGACUUUAACAGGUCAUCCCUUGUGGGGGGACAUUUUUCAAGAA